AUGCCAAUCUAUCGGUUCCUUAUAUUCUCGAUUCUUUUUACUAGCUCGUAUGCAAUCGUGGAACAAAAAUACAAUGAAACUAAAGCUCUUCAACAAGUAUUGGAUUUCGUGCUACCAACAUUCAAAAUUCCGGAUCUUCUGAAUCCGGACAAGAAAGAUGAAUCUCCUUCGAUAAAAAUUCCAAAUAUACUUCCAACUGCUCUGCCAACAAUCAAUAUCAUCCCAAAAGCAGUACCAACUAUCAAAAUUCCUGAAAUCAUUCCGAAAACUUUACCAACUCUUCCUCCAUUCAAACUACCAACGGUUAAGUUACCAACUCUUCCACACCUUCUCCCAACUGCUCUUCCAACUCUCCCUCCAUUCAAAUUACCUACCAUCAAGUUGCCUACUCUUCCCCACCUACUUCCAACUGCAUUUCCAACUCUUUUCCCUCCGAAACCAAAAGAUUCUCCCGAGGGAAUCACUCCUAAUACACCGUACACUCUACCGUAUCCACUUCCAAGUGACUUAGCCCCUAUCCCAUUUCUAGAAAAUAAUACAAAUGUUAACACGAACAUCAUCUGUGAUAUUUGUGAAAAUGCGGUGACUAUUGUCAAAACAAGAAUCAUGUCGUUCGAAAAGGUUGUCCGUGUGAAAAUCACUGGAGCUCUUGGAAAAGUAUGUGACCUCCUUCUGUCUAUUCCACAGUUGAUGAUUCUCGCUACUCCAUGUAAUCUCUUCAAAGCAAACAUUAUCGAUAAGGCAUUUCAAAAAUGGGAUGCAUUUGAAAAUAGCAUUCAGCCGGAGACGUUCUGCAAGCAUGUUCCUUUCUGUAAAUAA